UCCGCUGUAAUUUAAAAUUUUAAUUUCCACCAUUUUUUUGUUGUUCAUCCGCGUUGACUGAAAACUGACAAUUGGUUUUUCGUAUAACUAACCGCGGAUGAUUUCCAAAUUCUCAUGAUUUUCGUGCAAAGUUGUCUUCGUUUCUGUCGCAUUUCGUCACCGUUUCGUUCUUGAAAAACCUCUCUGUAAGUUCCUCAAUCCCUCCAAUCAAUUCCGUUCCGAUUUCCAACUCUGACAGAUUCUUCAUCUUCUCCCAAUUUUCUCUGCGGUCCCAGUUCCUUCUUCGUUCUUGAUCUGUCGAACCCGGAAUUUCAGAUUCCCUUCAUUCUGAUUGUUCAGGAUAAGUUCAAUUUGAUUCGUUUCGCAAAACCCCUUUCUCUUCCUCUUCUGAAUGAUAUAUUUGGAGUUUUGUGAUUGCAUGCCCUAAUUUUCGCUCUGAAAGUAGAAAGUUCGUUGUUCGAAGUUCUAAUCGCUAGGAUGCGUAAUUCGAUCCCACAGCCUUCUUCCCCCAUCCGUGCGGUGGAUAAUUCGCCUCUGCUCGCGCACUCCGUCGCCGAUGGCCUUUUCCGUUCGCGAGGGUUUAUUCGCCGUUCGCCUCAACCUCUUCGCGGAGCGGUUCGUCUUCUCCGCCGUGCAAGUGGCCGGCAGAUGAUGCUUCGAGAAUCCUCCGUUCGUGUCCGCGAGAACGCCGCGGAGCAGCUGGAGGAGCGCCAGAGCGAUUGGGCGUACUCAAAGCCGAUUAUCCUUUUGGACCUUCUAUGGAACUUGGCCUUCGUCGCCAUUAGUUUCACUGUCAUAGGGCUCAGCACGAGUGAAAAACCUUCAGUGCCGCUCAGAUUUUGGAUCAUUGGAUAUGCUAUGCAGUGUAUAAUUCACAUGUCCUGUGUAGCUACAGAGUAUAAGCGGCGGCGCUCAACAAGAGAGCUCGUCGGAUUGGACCGUAGCGGUGGCUGGACGAGCAGCGAGGAUUCAAAUUCGAUAUCCGGAAGCGAUGGCGAUGAUUAUGCGACCGAGCUCACUGUGAAUGACGAUGAACCGAGCAAUCUUGUGAAGCAUAUUGAGUCUGCAAAUACCAUGUUCUCUUUCAUUUGGUGGCUGUUGGGCUUUUAUUGGGUAACUGCUGGAGGCCAAGAAUUGAUAGAUGAUUCACCUCAGCUAUACUGGCUUUGUAUUACAUUCCUUGCUUUCGACGUCGUAUUUGUUCUGAUUUGUGUUGCCAUUGCGUGUCUUGUUGGUGUUGCAAUUUGCUGCUGUCUGCCUUGCAUAAUUGCCAUCUUGUAUGCGGUUACCGAUCAGGUCGUUUUCAUAUGCUUUGGUUCGAUCUUCUGGUUUUAGUUCAUUGUUUCUUUGACUCAGCUUGUUGUAAAUGUUCAUAAUACUAUUGGGUGUUGUUGUUUAUAGAUGAAACAUUUGCUUGUAUAUAGCGUUUUAAGAGGGACUGUCGUGAAUUCUUGUUAAUUAUCAAUGGAAAUGUGAGAUCCCACGUCGUUUGGAGAAUGGAACGAACUUCCUGGGAGGUGGAUUGUGAGAUCUCACAUCGGUUUGAAAGAAGA